ACUUGAGCAAAGGUAACUCUAGUUUCUAGGACCAUUCUCUUUUGUCUGUUUCCCCCUGCCUUCAAAAAAGCUUGCUUGCUUUGUAAGGUGUGUUACCUUCACCAAGUUGACAGGCUUUCUUUUCUCUCCCUCCCAUUCUACGAAUAAUUCAGCCAUCAGGAAGGGGCCAGAGGAGAGAUGGCUAGUGAUUCAGUCUUAUUGGCUGCAGUCUCUAUUCUAUCUACCUGCCAGCAAAUUUUCUUUGCUCGGCAGGUGGGAAAAGCAAGGGAGAAGUACAAGAUCACACCCCCAGCCGUCACGGGGUCACCAGCCUUUGAGAGGGUAUUUCGUGCACAACAAAACUGCUUGGAGUUUUACCCCCUCUUCCUGGUCACCUUCUGGAUGGCUGGAUGGUUCUUCAACCAAGUCUUAGCUGCCCUUUUUGGCCUGGCAUACCUAUAUGCUCGGCACCGAUACUUCUUUGGAUAUUCAGAGUCAGCUAAUGAAAGGUUAACAGGCUUCCAGAUGAGUAUGAAAGUGUUGGCUUUGCUGAUCAUCCAGGCUACAGUGGGAAUUGCUAACAACUUUCUGGAUGAAUACAUGGACUUCAACAUUUUCAAGAAAUUAUUUCAAUUAUUCUAGAAAUUUUUCUCCCUUUUAAUAAUAUCAAGUUUUUUUCCCACCCCCAGAGAUAGACCAAAAACAUGUGAAAUCAAAAUUCCCAUGUUUGAAUUGAAUCAUAGAAUGAUAAUCCUGAGAAAUCACUCAGCCCAACUCCAUGUUACAGUGGGAGGAAACUGAGACCCAGACAGUUCAUCUCUAUUUUUGUUUUCUUGAGAUGACUUUGGAAAAACAUUCCCUUUCAGGAAUGCUUAAUUUAAUUUAAUUUAAAUUAAUUGCUUAAUUUUCUAAGAACUAUUAUUUGUCCUUGCAUAUAUGAGGGAGUUAAAAAUGCUGAAAAAUAUACCUUGUUUUUGUUUUGUUUUGUUUUGUUCUUAAAGAAACUGUUGCUGAAGGACAUGCUUGCAUUGGGGAGAAUCACAUAAAUAACAUUGUUACCAGACGCUU